AUUGUAUGAAUAUUGUAUGUGUCAUCCUGGGGUUUCGCGAGAAACAGAUUUUGAUGUUGUAGAAAACUGAAAAUGUUCCUCGUUUACUAUUAAAUUAAACAAAUAUACUCUUUGAUAUAAUUCUAACAAGGGAUUUACAUUACCUAAGAAGUCCUAGAACGGGAUAAGAGGAAUGAGAAUACGAUGGCACCUUCGAAUUUUCUUGUUUUGAUAUUGAUUUUAUGUGUUUGCAGUUAUGGAGACUCUCAGAGGUUACAUGAGAGAAUAUAUUCGUCUAUCGAGGGAGGAGCUGCUUGCUUCAGACGUUUGAAUGGAACACAUCAAACAGGAUGUUCAUCUGCUGAUAAUGGUGCUGUGGGUGUGGUCCAUAUGAUAAAAGAUAUCAGUGAUGCCCAGUGGUUGAUGCAGAAUGCCUCAGCAGGGCCUUACAUGGCGGUUGUUAGCACUGCAAUGUUCUAUGAUGUUUAUGAACUACUUUUGUCUCAACCUGCGUUAAUUGCAGGUGUUUUAUUACAUGACAAUGUUACUAGAAGUGCACCUUCAUUCAGUCAAGAGUCAAGGUGUCCUAAUGAGUACUCAUCAGCAGAUGGCAGUACUUGCUCUACUGACAUAACUGGUGGUAUUGUGUGGAAUGAAAGAGGCACAGGUCUAUUACGAGCAGAUAUCCCAUUCCCUAUAUUUUACUUGCCAGAGUCAAGAUCAGUGGAGGUAGAAAAAAUUGAUCAAUGUUAUAAAAGAUAUAAUGCAGACAGGGAUAAUCAGAAGGGCAUGCCACUUUGCUCCUUACAAUUACAUUCAUUUAUGUUUGCAGCAGUUGACUCUGAAGUAUGUUUAAGGAGGUCAGCCACUUCAGCUCUGUUGACUCCCACUAAAGUGUGUGAUCCCCUGGGUGAUCAUAAUAUUUAUGCAUCUCUAUUCCCUAGGACCAAGGACAGUAAAAAAUCUAAAGUAACACUAGUAACAGCAAGAAUUGAUUCCGCUUCCAUGUUUGAUGGAGUGUCCCCUGGCGCCGCGAGUUCUGUUGUCGGCAUGGUGACGCUCGUCACGGCGGCUACGGCCCUCUCAAAAAUGAUUCCCGCUAAAGAUGCAGAAUUAUAUGAUCAAAAUAUACUAUGGACGUUAUUCAACGGCGAAGCAUUUGACUACAUCGGGUCGCAGAGAGUCGCUUAUGACAUCAGCAAGGGGGCGUGGCCUGCCGCCGCGCCGCUGGCUCCCAGUGACAUCAGUCUCCACGUGGAGCUGGGGCAGAUCGGAGGUGCCCUGGACAGUAGCGAGACUACCUGGCCCCUGCAUGCCUUCGUGCCUUAUACUACCGAUGUGCCUGAGAUCGCGGAGUUCCUCAACAUAUUAUCGAGCAACAUUAAUUACAACUUAUCAGUGUCGACUGAGUUCACAACUAGUUUCCCGCCAUCUUCACUACAUUCCUUCCGAAGAAUUCUCAAAAAUGAAACUGAAAGUGGGGCUUUGCCCGAACUGUUGCUGACGGACCACAAGACUACGUUUGCGAAUUUGUUCUAUCAUUCCGUAUUAGAUGAUUAUAAAAAUGUUUAUUAUAGCUAUCAUAAUAUCUCUGUUGAUGGCGAUGGCAAUUUUAUACCUACCGACACACUUGUGGCGAACGGAACCAUGAGGGAGUCUGACUCUCAGGUGAAAAUCGCGCGGCUUGCGACAGUCGUGGCGCGAACACUGUAUCAACGAGUUGCAGGGAAGGCCUACGCCGGCAAUAUCAGUGUGUCAGCGCACAUGGUAGACGAGUUGCUGUACUGCUUCCUACGCAAUCAGAACUGUCGCAUGAUAAUGGCGGCGGACUACGUGUCGAGCGGCGGCGGCGAGUGGCCGGCGGAACGCGCGGCGCCGCUGUACGUCGGCGUGGCCGCGUGGGCUUCUAGUGCGCCGGUGUACGCUGCCCAUUUACUUGCUCUGCUGACUGGGACCCCGCUCGGUGUUAAUCGUACUGCUUGCGAUGCUAUGUCUGUGCCGGGUUACUCGCAUUACUGGCUCCGAGGUUGGAUGCACAUGGGCGUUUGUAUGCAGACGACAAUGAAUAUCAGUGCUGCUGUUAGCCCUGCUUUUAUCAUCGCAGAUUACGACCUAAAAUCGGGCGUGUACUCGACGUGGACGGAGUCAGUGUGGCAGGCGAUGUGGGCUCGAGUGUUUGUGUCAUCAAGCGGUGCCGGGGCCCGCGCGGCCGCCAUCGCCGGCGCCGUCGCCACGCUGCUGGCCGCACUCGCGACGUACUGGCUGCAGGCACACGCCCACCGCAUAUUCACCGACAACCGACCCGAGUCCAUAGUCAACGAUGAUGCUGCGUCAGGCAUACUGAGGACUGUCAAUUGUUGAGGACAAUCUAAAACAAGUAUUAGAAAAGACUGGUAUGUUAGGGUGUCGUGUGAUGCAGUAGAAGAUCUCCUGAGAUUGAAAAUAGGAAACAUUCCACAAUUAUUGUGUAGUGAAACAAACACUACCGAAUUUAUGAUCAAGCAUCAUUAUUAGAAUAAGUGCGCUAAUGUUAAUUCAAAUAAGUGUCUUCAGGUUUUGCUUUGUACCAUUAUCAACCUGUGAGUACCAAGUCAUCAGUCAAUCAAUUCUGAAAUAAUAUAAUAAUAAUACAGUUUAAUCGCCAUGUUUGCUCAGAUUGUAAGAGCACUUUCAUACUAAGGCAUCGUGCGGGAGUUAUCGCGCGUAUAGGCGCAAACAAUUGACACUAAUAGGUUCGAAACCCCUGGAAUCGCAUGACAGUUUUUUUGCCGCAUGUAUACGCGCGAGAUAAUCCGCUAGUGUGAAAGCCCUCUAGAGUCACAUUACUUACUGUUUCAGGAAAUAUUUAGAUAAUUUAACUUACUCAUUAAUAAUAUUUAUGUAUUGACAUCGUAUCGUUUUCAUGUUUUAUAAUGACUAAGUAAAAAAUAAUUAAAAUAAAACUUGUUUGUAAAA